AGCCAUCGCGGAAUAGCGGAGCUAGUGUCAGUGGCAAAGCCACGAGUCUCCGACUCGAGACAUAUAUUUCACAAUACACCUCCCACACCUCCAACACCCAGAAGAUUAAAUGACAAUGUUUCCAAAAAUAGCGGAGCUGGUAAGAUUAAGAACUAUCCUAAAGUAGAUUUAGGUGAUGGGGGUGGAAAUCUUUCAAUCAAAACGCACCUCAAUAAUAUUUGGAAGUCGGUUCAUUCUAUAGAAAAUGAUAUAGAGAUAGAAUUUUUGAAAAACUUUGUGUUAUUGAAUAUGAAUUAA